CUCUCUGCAGCAGCAUUCAGUCAGUGCGCUGUGUCUGUCGGCUGACUCUCACUACUGCGAGUUUAUUUUACCUCUGCUGAGCCACUCGGGGAGUCAUAUAGGAUUAUCUUCGUCCUCCGUAUCUGAAGACUUUGUCCGUGAGCCUGGCAAGAGUUUGGACAAGAAAAAUAAUCUCCAUUUUAUCUUCUUCGGACGGAAUUGACAAACGGAGAAAAAAAUGCGUCUCAUCCACAACAUGACGACCAUUGCGGAGUAUCCAGCGUCUGAAUACUCGGCGCCCAACCGGGUUAUUAAAAUGGCUGUGAUAGGAGCCAGCGGAGUUGGGAAAACAGCGCUCGUGGUGAGAUUCCUAACGAGGCGCUUCAUCGGAGACUACGAGAGAAACGCUGGUAAUCUAUACUCCAGAGAAGUCCAGGUGGAUGGAGAGCAAGUCACCAUCCAGGUUCAAGACACUCCCGGUGUGGAGAUGACAGAUAAUAGCAUCAGUAUACCUGACCAUGUGACCUGCUCCAUCCAAUGGGCUGAUGCAGUGGUGCUGGUGUACUCUGUGACCGACCGCCGCAGCUUCGAUUUGAUCGAUCAGUUGCACCAGCUGAUCGUUCGUACAGGCGGCGCCAAUAUGCCUCCAAUAAUCCUGCUGGCCAAUAAGGCAGACCUGCUGCACCUGAGGUGCGUCGACUCCCAGCAGGGCCCUUUGCUGGCGGGCACACUGGGCUGUUCUUUCUACGAAGUAUCUGCUAGCGAGGACUACAGCCAGGUGCACCAGGCUUUCCACAGGCUGUGCUGCCAGCUAGCCAAGCAGCCGCCUGCCACCUCCAACUCCACACACAACUCUGCCAGCACCGCCACGGAGAAGAGGCGCUCGCCCCUCAUCCCCCGGCCAAAGUCUCCCAACAUGCAGGACCUGAAGAGGCGCUUCAAGCAAGCGCUGUCUGCGAAAGUCAGGACUGUCACCUCUGUGUGAGGAGUUGAAGCUGAAAGUGGUCCAGAGUGGCCAGAGAGAAAGAAAGCAUUGGAGGUGAAAGAAGACAGAAGAUUUAUGCUUCUACACUGAAGUCCUGUAUCAGUCUGGCUGAAGAAGGCAGAUGUGAAAUGAACAGUUGUAGGUUCUAAAUAGCCGGACGGGGAUGAAUCUUUACAGAGGUGAUGACCUCUUAGUGGGCCGGUCUGUCCUGUCAGAUACCUUGUGUGAGGAGAAGCAACGAAAAGGUUCAGGACUAGAAACCACACCUGAGGACACAGAGGCAGCCGUAUGAGGCUGGCUGAGCCCCAGACUGCAUAUAAAACAAACUAAAUCCAGCUCUCCUGGGAACAGCAGCUCUGAAGGACUCCACUGCUUAUUUUUAGCUGCGUUGCCAAUUGCGAUGGGUCUUUAUUCAGACUGCCACUACAUGGCACCGCUAAAUGCUGGCAUUAUUAUAGCAGCUACUUGAGCCAGGACUCUGCAGCCGUGUGUGUCAAUACAUGCAGUAUAUUUUGUUUAACAGCAUCCAGAACCAUCUUUGUGCAUGAUCGAAUGAUGUGGGGAGGGGGGUUGUAGUGGGGAAGCAGACACAUUAUGUAGCAUGUGGAGGUUAUUAUCACUGAUGCACUUUAUUAAAAGGAAUAAUCCAAAGGGCCUAUUUGUUUGUUACAAAUGCAGUUUCUGUUCACAAUAAAAUGAUGAAUUUGACAA